UCGUCGUCGUGCGUGGUGUUUGCAGGGAAUUAUUAUUCCGCAAAAUCUCUGCUGCUAUAUAUAAUUGUGUAUACGAUUCACGCGUGGCAAAUCUUCGCUGGAGUUAGCCGUCGCGUCUGCAGUGUCGUGGCCGAGUCGUCAAAGGCCGCACCUCGCUCGAUCGCUCAUAUUCACACAAUAUAGCAUACGCAUCCCUCAUAAUAAUUGAGUGUCCGUAGCAGGCGAUUGCGAAUAAUAUUAAACAUAUCAUCAAAACAAGUCCGCGCUUGACGUACGUACUGGCGCGUACAAAACGUCUCUUUACAUGUACGCACGGAGAUCAUAUCCACGGUGUUGUGUGCGAGUGCGUAAGUAAUCGGUGCUGCGUAUAUAUGUGAGAAUAUCCCUCUCUCAAUUACAACCGCUCGACACGACUUUAUAAUAAUUAUUAUAUUAUAUACAUUACGCGUCAAACUCGUUCUCGUUGCGCGCCGCACAUACCAAGGGAGCAGCUCCGAGUGCUUGUGCGCGAAAGGAGAAGAGGAAAAAAAAUCCGCUAUCGAUAAGGCAUCAAUCUCUCGCUCAGCGAUAAUAUUAUAGAAUAAAAUAUCGAAGCUGAAGGAGGCACCGAGCGUGUCGUUUUCCUCGCGAAUUUCCACGUCGUCGGCCGACGAAGUGCAGACUGUACGCGACGGAGGAAGAGGAGGCUCGUCAACGUCCCAAUGGCGCACGGCGCCACAGGAUCGUCGUCCACCAGGUACAUCGUCGUCGUCCGCAGCGGUUACUCGACUAUCAGAGGAUAGUAUUAGCGAUACGUCAUCGGGCUCGUCGACGACCCGACCGGGAUUAUCCAAGUAUAUCAGGGCGCACAUGCCGCGUGCCAUGAGGCAGCGUACCAACAACAUGGACACGGAAAAGCGCGACUUUUGCUGGCAAUGCAUAAGGAUAUGCAAAUGGUUCCCAGUGCUCUUCAUCCUGACUAUCACGGCCUGGUCGUAUUACGCUUUCGUCGUACCAUUUUGCAUGAACAUGGUCUCUAACAAAGUUGCUCAAGCCAUCUACCUAAUUGUUUUCCACAUAUUCUUCAUUUUAUUAAUAUGGUCUUAUUGGAAAACAGUAGCAACAAAUUUAAUCAAAAUUCCAGAAAAGUUCAUACUUCAACAAGACUCGCUUGACAGAAUGCAAGCUUUAAUAGGAAAUAAUGACGCUAUGAGUGAAGUUUUAAAUGAUUAUGCUAAAGAUUUGCCAGUAGUAACAAGAACCAUUAAAGGAGAAAUUAGAUUUUGUGAAUAUUGUAAAAUAAUUAAACCUGACAGAUGCCACCAUUGCAGUGUGUGCAGCCAAUGUGUUCUCAAAAUGGACCAUCAUUGUCCCUGGGUGAAUAAUUGUGUAGGCUUCCACAAUUACAAAUUCUUCAUCUUAUUUUUGGGCUAUGCUACAUUAUACACCUUAUUUAUUUCUCUUACAACUUUGGAACAUUUUAUAAUAUUCUUCAAAAAUUCUUUUGGUCAACAGGUAAAACAAUCGGGGCCUGGAACAUUUCAUGUAAUCUUUUUAUUCAUUGUUGCUGGGAUGUUUUUCCUUAGUUUAAGCUCUCUUUUUUUCUACCACUGUUUCCUUACACUGAAAAACAGAACAACUUUAGAGGCCUUUAGACACCCAGUUUUCCGUUCAGGAAAAGAUAGGAAUGGUUUCAGUCUUGGAAAACUGAAUAAUUUCCAAGAAGUUUUUGGAGAUACUCCACGUUUAUGGUUCCUGCCAAUUUUCACCAGCCUCGGAAAUGGCUGGAUCUUUCCGAUACGCCAAGUCGAGGGGGCUUCCAAUACGUACGACUCGAUGGGAAAUACUCAAAACAGUUUUGGUGAUGGCGUGUCAUUUCCCGAGCGUCAAUUCGACGAGGACCAGCACACAUUGCUGGGCGUCGAGACGCACCGAGCCUGGCCGAACGGCGGCACAGCAGCUGAUGAGACCGAACUCGACUCGCCGACUAUUAUGACGGGCUCGCAAGCAGUACUGCUGCCAUAGCUCCUAUAUCAGCGGGAUAUUCAAACGAACAUUUUGUUCCAAGCAGUCAUACUCUAGUUUAGCCCAAGUAAAUUUCAAGCAAUAUGAACGCCCAGGAUCUGUUCCAGAGAACGAAGAAUAUGCAUUAAUGACAAAGUAAAUAUAUCUUUUGUAAAAGCGCAAAAAUCAAUGCAUAUUGGAUAUAAAUUUUAUGUAAACUAAUAUUUAAGACGUCGAAUAAUUCGUUACCAUUUAAUUAUAGUUUAUUUGCAAAAAAUAUUCAAAUUUAAAAAAAAAAUUUUUUCGAAUUGAGAUUAUGCCAAUCUUGAUUUAUAUAAACAAUAGGAAAUGGCUGUAAUCGAUUAAAAAAAAAAAAAAAAAAACAAAAAAAAACAGUAAGUUAUGCGCAGAGAAAAGCCAAAAAUAACUAUAUGUUAGCGGCAUUAACAAUUUUUUUCUGUCUUGACUUAUCCUUUACUUUGUACUUAACUAUGAUGCCUUUUCUCUUAUUAGUUUUUGAAACGUUUUUACGUAGUGAUAAAAACUACGAUUUUUAAAAAAAAAUAUCAAAAUCACAGAAAAAAUGCAAAUUAAAAAGUAACUUUAAUAACAUUUAUCACUGUUUUUAUAUAACGGUAUACACACUGCUGAACACGCUCAUUCGCUACUUACUUUGCGUUAUGUUUUAUUUCAUUAUUAUUUAAUGUAUUAAUUUGUAUAUUGUUAUUUUAUAACAAUUAAAUUUGUAUUGAACUGAUGCGAGAAAUGUUACGACUUUCUUAUAUUCAUAAACAUGCGAAGCCAAAACUCGAUUCGUUCCCUCAAUGCCUGAUUGUAAAAAUGAGCUUACGAACGAUGUUACGGACAUAGUAUGUAAACUUAUCAAUUUUUUAUUGAAAGAGAUAAUAAAAUUGAUGAGCAAUCAAACACAAUUGA